AUGGGGAUGCAAGGCCCGCUCAUGGCUCAGGCCUUGGGCCGUUCGCCAUACGAUGAUGUGGUUCAGGGUGAAGGCGAGGAUGACUCGCGGGCUCCAAACCAGCAAUACGACCAUGGCGGGCGUCCGAUUAAUCCCGACACCAUGAGGAUCAACAGAGACAUCAUCAGAUCACACAACCAGGUGAUGUUUAUCAUCGGCAUCGCAGAGCCCGAAAACCCGGGCCCUGAAGUAGACUCGCUGAGGCGACACGGUGCGUAUGAAGAAGCUAUCGGCCUUAAAUUGGCAUCGUCAGCCAAACGCUGCGUCGAGGCGGUUGGAAUUUUUGGUAUCAACGGCCUCAGAGAUCGGAUUCUGAUCUAUAAACGAUACUCCAAGAUCCCGUUUUGGGAGCUCUAUCAGCAGGCACGGCAUGAUUUCUCAUUUUCUAGAGAUAUUCUCCCUGGCGCUCCUGCAAACCUCUUAUCGAACUACAUUGAGUUCUCGGUCGCCCGGCUGUGGCUUGGCGAACAAGAAAAGCUUACUGCCAGGCGUGUUAUCCACGAGGCUUGGUCAUACAUUCGCGUUCACCUAGAGCUACACAUAUCAUUGCAAAGGCUUGGCCUAAUACCGAGCCACCAAUGGCUGCCCAGCCCGUCCUUUUUCAUCCCUUUUACAGAGGCAUCGCCAAUUGUUGCUCCACCUCCUCUCGAAGGCUUUGGGGUUUCUUCGAUUCUAAAAUGGCUGGGCGGCCUCCUCAUAUGUAAUACCCCAUUCCUCGUCUUUAUCAUGACUCAAAGAAUGGUUCGCGACUGGAAGCCACAUAUAUGGGCUGAGACUUUCAAGCGCCUACCAAGCACCGUCUUUCAUGGCAAACCAAUUCCUCAAUCCCCGCCAUCGAUGUCACAGUCUUUUGCAAACGAGGCUCCCAGCGAGAUCCAUUCUAAUGAAGGGGGAACGCCGGUUGCGCCUGUGGAGAGUCAAUUGCCAACCGACGCGGGCAGCGCGGAUGCAGUGCGUAGGCCAAGUAUAUUCUCGGCUAGAGGUGAUGAUUAUGGGAGCGAUGAAGAAGACAAUGAUGGAAUAAGGGCCACUCUUAUAAGCUUCGAUGUGGAAGCAACCGAAUCCACCGAUGCACCUCAGGGCUUAUGGAGCGCCGAGUUACGGCCUAGUGUUGCUAAUACCGACUCAAGAGGCUCUAUAAGUUCUCAACCUAUAUACCUGGACACGCUGCUCACACAGAUCCCAGCGCUUCUGGCCUCGCACAUGCUUUCUAACUCGAUAACACGGCUACUUAUGACACCGUAUGAUGCAACAGCCCUACGUCUAGUGGCGCGGGCGUACUGUUUGCGAAACGGGCUGCCCUGCGACGACAUAUGCCAGACGAACCUGCUGAGUGGCCUUUCUUGGACUUCAGUUAUGAAUUAUUUGUGGACCGAGUUCAUUCACCUUCUUCUUAAUACUGAAGUUUGGGCAGUUUUCACUGGUCUUUCCCAAUGGUACCACUUUUCAGAGGAGGAGUGGGCUGCUGAAGAAUCUAAGACAUAG